AGCCUACAAUGAAAUCAAGGUAGAAGGCGCAAAAUUUUCGGCCGAAUAUUGGUGUGACGGAAGGACUGCCUGCAGAGUUACCCGUCGAGGACAGCCUAUUCCAGUUUCACUGCUGGCUGAAGACAAUGGAGACAGAAAUUGAGCAGCAGGAAGAAGAGAGCACUUUCGGUAACACUGACACGAACGGCAAGCGCCCUGCUGAGGACAUGGAUGAGGAACAGGCAUUCAAACGCUCCCGCAACACAGAUGAAAUGGUAGAGCUCAGGGUGCUUCUCCAAAGCAAAAAUGCAGGGGCUGUGAUUGGAAAGGGAGGCAAGAACAUUAAAGCCUUACGCACAGAUCCGCACAGUGCCUCAGUCUCAGCCCUCCCACUAUCGCCCAUCUCUUCAAGUAUCCUGAGUGUGAGUGCAGAUAUAGAGACCAUUGGUGAGAUUCUGCUGAAGAUCAUCCCUACCCUGGAGGAGUAUCAGCACUACAGCGGGACUGACUUUGACUGUGAGCUGCGGCUGCUGAUUCAUCAGAGUUUGGCUGGAGGCAUUAUCGGAGUCAAAGGUGCCAAGAUCAAGGAACUGAGGGAGAAUACCCAGACAACAAUCAAGCUCUUCCAGGAAUGUUGCCCCCACUCCACUGACCGUGUAGUGCUAGUCGGGGGAAAACCCGAGCGUGUGGUUGAGUGCAUCAAGGUUAUUCUAGAGCUGAUUUCAGAGGCUCCCAUUAAAGGUCGAGCCCAGCCCUACGAUCCAAACUUUUAUGAUGAGACCUAUGACUAUGGCGGCUUCACUGUGAUGUAUGAAGAAAGAGGGCGACGGCCUAUGGGUGGGUUCCCAAUGCGAGGCCGAGGAGGAUUCGAUCGCAUGCCUCCUGGCCGUGGAGGUCGCCCCAUGCCUCCAUCCAGACGGGAUUAUGAUGAUAUUAGCCCUCGUCGUGGACCACCUCCACCCCCACCAGGAAGAGGAGGACGUGGGGGCAGUAGGGCUCGAAAUCUGCCUCUGCCUCCACCACCACCUAGAGGAGGAGGUGAUCGAUUUUCCCACCAGAGCUAUCACAGCAAUAUGGAUGACAGACCAAAAGCUAGUGGAGGUGGAUAUGACAAUAAUUCUUCUUGGGAGCCCUUCCAAUCUGGUGGUCGAGGUUCUUACAGUGACAUUGGUGGACCUGUUAUUACAACACAAGUGACUAUCCCUAAAGAUCUGGCUGGCUCUAUCAUUGGAAAAGGCGGCCAAAGGAUCAAGCAGAUCCGUCAUGAGUCAGGAGCAUCUAUCAAAAUCGAUGAGCCUCUGGAGGGCUCAGAGGACAGGAUCAUUACCAUCACAGGCACACAGGACCAGAUUCAGAACGCCCAGUAUCUACUACAGAACAGCGUGAAGCAGUACUCUGGUCGGUUCUUCUAGAGGGUGGAGAUGGAAGCCAAACUGCCAUAUGCCCAUUCACUUCAACUUGUUUUCAGAGCCUACAUUCCUCUGCUUCUUGGGUAGAUGUGCUCCCUGACAUUUCUCCUAACAAUAUUUUUAAACACCAUAUUUGAGGGAUCCUCUUAUUUCUUUAACAUUUUUCUUUCUGCACGUGAUUUUUCCAUUAUUGAUUGUACUGUUUUGUAAGUAGAGGGAGCCCAUCUGUGAAGUCCGCUGUUGGCCUUACCAGAGCUGCAUGCUUAAUCUGUGCAACAUGCAGAAUGUAAUCUUAUAAGUGUUGUUUUUUGUUUGUUUUUUGCCAAUGAAUUUAUUGUUCCAUUCAUGAUGAGACUUUUUGGGGAAAGUGUAAAUAUUCAGUUCAGUUCUUUAAAAUUUUAAUAUCAGUACAGUUUUAUUUAAAGGAUGAUUUUGAUUUGAAAAAUGGGGGUAUUGAGGGUGGGAAAAGGAUUCAUUCCCGAGGGAUUUUUUUUUUUUUUACUAGUUUUUUUCAACCCGAUUUCCAGAUUGGUAAAACUUCAGAAGAUUGAUUGACCAUUUGUACUCCAUUGACAUUGGGAUCCAUUAAAUCUUGCUAGCGCUUAUUUUGUACGUCUGUUUGUAAGCAUUUUUACCAUUUUAAAUGGAUCUUUCUAGACGCCUUUCUCUUCACAGUUGGGGGGGGAAAUAAAAGCUUCUCUGU